GGGCUUCGUCUUCCUCAAGAAAAAAUCUCUGCACAGUUUCGUUUCUUUCCAUUUUUUUACUUUCACACGAAAACUCUGGGCAUAGAAAUGGAGGAAUUUGCUGUGGAUGAUCCGACCCAGCUACUCGAAGCAGCUGCAGAUUUCGCAAAUUAUCCCGGUGUUCGGACUGAUGAGUCGGUGAAGGAAUUCUUCAGCCGCUUUCCCCUUCCCGUCGUAAUCAAUGCUUUACAAGCAAAAGCGGAAAUUCCUGGUUUGGAAAACACUUUGGUUGCAUGUCUCGACAGGAUAUUCAAAACCAAGUAUGGUGCUUCACUUAUACCACAUUAUAUGCCCUUUGUACAGGUUGGACUACAAGCUGAUUCUCAAGCAGUUAGAAGCUUAGCUUGUAAAACGGUCACUCGCCUGCUGGAGGAGACCGAUCCAACUACUCAAUUGGCCCCACAACUUAUUGUUGACUAUAACAUCUAUCCACUUUUGAUUGAGUGCCUUCUCAAUGGUAACGAACAAGUUGCUAAUUCAUCAAUGGAUGCAUUAAAGAAAUUAGCUGCAUUUCCAAAGGGGAUGGAAAUCAUCUUCCCAACAAAUAAAACGGAAGCAACACACCUAGGAACUGUAGCUUCAACAUGCUCAUCUCUGGGAAGAGUCCGAGUUAUGGCUUUGAUAGUGAAACUGUUUUCAGUUUCUAGCUCUGUGGCAUCUGCAGUAUACAAUUCAAAUUUACUAAACCUACUGGAAAGUGAAAUCAGCAACUCAAACGACACACUUGUAACUUUAAGCGUGUUGGAGCUCUUGUAUGAGUUAGUGGAGAUUGAACAUGGUACAAAUUUUUUGCCAAGGACCAGCUUUCUCCAACUACUAAGCUCUAUAAUCAGCAACCGGUCGGCAGAGUCUAUAUUAAGAUCCAGAGCAAUGGUCAUUAGUGGAAGACUUUUGUCUAAAGAGAAUAUUUUCUCGCUUGUAGAUGAAUCUUGUGUACGAAUUUUAAUAUCUUCUAUAGAUGAAAUUCUUGGAUCAUCUGAAGGCCAGGAUGUAAAUGUAUGUGAAUCUGCAUUCGAAGCACUGGGUCAAAUUGGUUCGAGCAAAUGGGGAGCCACUUUACUGCUGUCAAGUUAUCCAACUUGUGUGAAGUAUGUAAUUAAUGCAGCGUUUGAUCGGCAUGAACAUGGUAAACAGCUGGCAGCCAUGCACGCUCUUGGUAACAUCUUUGGUGAAACUCGAUCCGAGAAUGAUAUUAUGCUGAAUGAUAAUGCAGAAGAAAAUUUAGGGGACUUGAUUUAUCAAACUGCAUCCAGAAGUCCAAAAAUAACGCCAUCAGGCCUUAUUCUAGCUGUCCUUCAACAGGACUCUGAGAUUCGGUUGGCGAGUUAUAGAAUGAUAACUGGGUUGGUCGCUCGACCGUGGUGUCUUAUGGAAAUCUGCUCGAAACAAGACAUAAUAAAUAUAGUUUCUGAUGCAAGUACCGAGACUACAAAAAUAGGAAUGGAAGCUAGAUAUAACUGUUGUUUGGCUAUCCAUAAGGCAUUCAUGUCUUCAACAAGGCUUACGGGCGAUCCUGCCCUUGCUGGAAUAGCUUCGAAGUUGCAGGAAGCUGUUCAAAAUGGUCCAUAUCUUAGUAGAAGAAAACUGGAAACUCAGCCAGCAAUAAUGACAGCUGAGAGAUUUUAGGAGUACAGUAUGGUUCAGAAAUAAGCAAGCCAGUGGGUCGUAGGUAGUUGCAUCUUUGGUUUCUAGUUGAUCCGAGGAGUUCACAGAAGACGUUGAAAAUAGAUUGAGCAUUUUCCAUGGAUUGUGUGCACUAAUAUUUCUCUACUACUUUGUUCAGUUUCCUGAAUGGAUUGUUUAUUAAAAUUUGCUUGGGACAAUGAAUUUGUUUAA